AUUUUUGGAGCGCAGAGCUCUCAGCAGGAGGUUUACGAUCACACCAUACGGGAGAUGGUGCGAGAUGUUCUGCGUGGAGAAAACCGGCUCCUCUACACUUACGGUGUGACCAACUCGGGCAAAACCUACACCAUACAGGGUGCGGGUGGAGAGGCGGGUCUGCUGCCACGAGCGUUAGUCUCUGUGUUCCUGAAGCUGUCUGGACGACUGUACUCCGCUAUGGACCUCAAACCUGUACUGAGCCAGGAGGUCCGUAAACUGGACACGGGAGAGGUCCGUGCUGAGGAGAUGCGGCGUGACGCUUUGCUGAGAGAGGUAACACAGAUUUAG